AAAUGAUUCGGGCCUGUUUAUUCAUCCUCAUUUUGGGGUUAGCUGUGGCUAAAGAUACAUAUGUCGUAAUCACUCCAAAAGACGUCCGGCCAGGCGUUCCUCUGAACAUCAGUGUCAACAUCCUACAUGCCACUGGUGAUGUUCUCGUCACGGCGAAACUCAUUCAUUACUCAGACAAGUCGGUUGUAGCGUCUUCGUCUGCAACAUUCCAACAACAUGUCCCUGGUACCAUGCGAAUCGCGGUUCCAGACAAUAUUUCCAUUGGAUCGUAUGCACUUACCGUUGAAGGCGCAAAUGGUCUCGAUUUCUCAAACACAACACGUCUCCAUUAUGCAGCCAAGGGCAUGUCCAUUUUUGUACAGACAGAUAAAGCCAUGUACAAACCAGGACAAACAGUCAACUUCAGAGCAUUUGCCAUAUAUCCAAACUUGACAGUGUACCUUGGACCAAUGGAUAUUGAGAUUUUCGAUCCAAACAGCAAUAAAAUAAAGCAAUUACUUGGAGUACAAGAUUCCACAGGAGUACUUACUAAUUUCAUGAUAAUGGACACAAAGCCGGUACUCGGAGACUGGAAAAUACGGGUCAAAACACAUGGAAUGACCAAAGACAAGAUGUUCACGGUGGCACAUUAUGUCUUGCCGAAAUUCGAAGUAACAGUUAACUUGCCCUCCUACUCUCUGACUUCGACAACAGAUAUUAAAGGAACAAUAAAGGCAAAGUAUACCUACGGAAAGCCGGUGAAUGGAACUGUAACACUCAGGGCUCACAUAAACUUUUACCAACCUUACUACUCCACGUCACCUAUUCCAACCAUUGAACUGACAAUGGAUAUAAACGGUGAAGCCAAGUUUACAGUGCCUAUAUCUGGACUGACAGACCAACACUACUACACCUACUUGAACAGUCAUAAAGUCAUAGUUGAGGCCAACGUAACUGAAAGCCUCACACAGAUUACUCUCGACGGUUCUAGCGAGAUGCCCUUCUACACGCAUGCGGAGAAGAUAGAAAUUCUCCCAUCUAACCCUACAACGUUCAAGCCAGGUCUUCAAUACAUUGCAUAUGCCAAGGUUGUCCAACAAGAUGACACACCACUGACCGCGUCCACGGGCAGGUUAACUGUACAUACGCAGGUUACGGCUAAUUUACCAGAAACCACUACACCUCUGUAUUACUACGGCCCACGUACGAUGUCUUAUUUGCUUCAAGAUCAGACGUUGAGUCUAACAGACACAGGACUCGUCCAAGCUAAAAUCGACAUUCCACACAAUGCGACCAGCGUCUCUCUAACAUUUAAGUACGGAAGCAUUACGCAGUAUAAGACAAUAGAGAGGAGUUACUCUCCUUCAGAGAGUUACAUGCAGAUAUCCUUGGAGUCAAAUAACCUGCGAGCCGGCCAUGACAAAGAUAUUGAUUUCCGGGUGGUGUCAACUUCACAAAUCCAAAAACUAGUUUACCAGGUGAUGAGUCGAGGAAGUAUUGCAGUAUCCGGGUCAAUCGAUGGGGACAGUGCUACAGCAUUCCCAUUCCAUGUUCCGCUGAAUUCAAAAAUGGCACCAAAUGCCAGGAUUGUUGCCUAUUACUUCCGACCGGAUGGAGAAAUUGUUACAGACAGCAUAAGCUUUGACGUUUCCGGAACUUUUGAAAACGAGGUAUCUAUCAGGUUCGACAAAACAAAAGCCCAACCCGGUGAAGGCAUCAGCGUUGACGUCUCAGCUGACCCCAACUCCAUUGUCAAUUUACUUGCCGUCGACCAGAGUGUCCUUCUCCUUAAGAGCGGAAAUGACAUCACGCCGGCAGAGGUCACCGAUGAACUGAAGUCGUAUGAUACCAUUACACACUCGCAUGACAACGGACCAAUAUUCUUUGGAGGUGGAAUUGCGCCUCCUGUUGGCAGGAGGAAGCGGAUGAUAUGGUGGCCUUAUACAACAUAUUAUGGUGGAUCCGACGCUAAGCAGAUUUUUGAGAACGCUGGGGUUAACAUCAUCACUGAUGCGCUGGUAUAUCACCAUGUGGAACCACCAUCCUACGCGUAUCCCACAGCGGCUCCUGGUGUUGCGGCAAACGGUUUCCCAACUGCUGCCGGAAUGUUUGGAUCAUCUUUGCUUAAAGAAGUGGAGACAAUUCGCUCCAAUUUCCCUGAAACGUGGCUCUGGCUCAAUAAAUCUGUCGGAGCUGACGGUCAUGUGAGCAUAGCUGCCACAGUUCCAGAUACGAUUACCUCAUGGGUAGCUAGCGCCUUUGCUGUCCACACCCAAAGUGGUUUGGGGAUCGCUCCCACAACAACCAAGGUUGAAGCCUUCCGGCCAUUCUUUGUCAGCCUGACAUUGCCUUACUCCGUUGUAAGGGGAGAGCAGCUUGUAUUACAGGCCAAUGUGUUCAAUUACAUGACAAUGGAUAUGGAUGUGGUGGUGACGUUAGAAAAGAGCGAUGAUUUGGUAAAUGUCGUGUUUGAUACACAAGGCGCCGAGUCGUACGCAUCCCAGACAAUGAGGAAAACCGUCCAUGUUACGGCCGGUGGAUCAAAGUCUGUGUUCUUCCCCGUGGUUCCUUCCGGCCUGGGAUCUGCCAGCAUCAAUGUGAAAGCCCAGUCCACCUUGGCCGCAGACGCCGUUAGACGGCAGCUCCUGAUCGAGCCUGAAGGUGUUCCGAAAGAGUACAACAUACCGAUGCUUAUUGACCUGAAACAUAAAAUCCACUUUGCGGAGACUGUUGAUGUCACGAUGCCGGCGGGAGUUGUCGCCGGGUCACAGAGAGUGCGUGUCUCGGCCAUUGGUGAUUUAAUGGGACCAACGAUCAAUGGAUUGGAUAAGCUUCUGCGCAUGCCGACCGGAUGUGGAGAACAGACGAUGCUGGGUUUCGCGCCUGAUGUGUUUGUUACAAACUAUCUCACCGAUACGCACCAGUUGACAUCAAGCGUCGAAGACAAAGCGAUCAGCUUCAUGGAGAAAGGAUACCAACGAGAACUGACUUACCAACACACGGACGGGUCAUUCAGUGCGUUUGGAGACCAAGAUCCUUCAGGUAGCAUGUGGUUGACGGCCUUUGUGGCUAAGUCAUUCCACCAGGCAAAACGUCAUAUCUUUAUCGACGACGAAACUGUAACAAGAGCUAUUGAUUGGAUGAUAAACCGCCAGGCUGCCAAUGGUUCAUUCCCCGAGCCUGGCCGUAUUAUUCAUAAAAAUAUGCAGGGUGGGUCCGCUUCUGGAGCCUCUUUGACCGCCUUCGUUCUUAUUGCCUUAAUGGAGAACAAUGACUUGCAAGGUGGGGUGCACCUUAGGAUCCAAUCAGCUGCCAAUAAGGCGAAGUCGUACCUAGAGGGAGAAGUGGUGCAUAUGACUGACACCUAUGGCCUAGCGAUUUGCACUUACGCUUUAACAUUAGCACAAAGCUCAGCCUCUGGAUCAGUCUUCCACAAGCUCAUGGCAUCUGCAAUCAGAAAAGAUGGUAUGACUCACUGGCACGAACCAGAAUCAGCCAGGCCAACAUCAAGUCAUUACUGGUCACCACCCCAUCAACAGUCCAAGCCUGUUGACAUUGAAAUGACCUCAUACGGCCUCAUGGUCUUUGCUCAAAACAGUCAGUUUUCAGAAGGUAUCCCUUUCAUGAAAUGGAUUACAAAGCAAAGAAAUCCAAACGGUGGAUUUUCAUCUACCCAGGACACUGUUGUGGCACUACAAGCUCUGUCCGAAUUCUCCCGUAUUGGUUAUUCUGAUCACUUCGACAUGCAAAUCGGAAUCACAGCUGGACAAGUAACACACAUGUUUAAUGUUACCAGACAGAAUGCGUUAGUUCUUCAAUCGUUAGAACUGCCAUCUGUACCAAGUCAAGUUGCUGUUACAGGAUCCGGAAGUGGAAUGGGCCUCGUCGAGGUAUCUGUGUUCUUCAACGUUGAGCAAGACGUAGAGGAACCGUCAUUUGAAGUUGAUGUUACGAUUAUUGAGGAAACGAUCAACUCUCUGAAGGUCCGCUCUUGUACUAAGUGGCUGAAAACUGGGGCUAGCGGUAUGGCCGUGCAGGAAAUUGGUGUACCAACCGGUUUCACUGCAGACCUCGAGAGCAUAGACAAAUUGCCAUCUCUGAAGAAAAUCGAGACGGAGAGCCGCAAGGUCAUUUUGUACUUCGACGAGAUUACACCAACCCCCCUAUGUGUUACUAUGGACGCCUUCAGGACGGACCAGGUCGCUAAGUCGCAGCCAGCUCCUAUCAGGGUCUACGACUACUACGAACCAACUAACCAAGUGACAAAGUUCUACCAAUCAACGGUGCUGAAGAACUCCGGUGUCUGUGACGUUUGUCAGGAAUGUGGAUGCCCAGGACAGCAUUAAACUGGAGCAUGUAAAUAGGUUGAAGUUUGUUGAUCUUGAACUUUUUUUAUAUCUCGCAUAUAUGUCCAUUUUAUAUUGUUCUCUCUCUGUGAAUAAAAUCAUGAUUUGUCAA